UGGACGAAAAUAGAUGAUAGUGCGGAUGUUGUCUCGACGACGAUGCAGGGGGUGCAACGACACGAGCUGUAGAAAUUACAUUCAUCCAUUUGCAUCGAAAACGUAUUAUUGAAACCACAGUCAAAAUAUAUCAUUAUUCGACCAAGUGCAAAAAGGAUAAACUCAAUUAUUUAUUUUACUAUCUGAUUUAUAUUUAAUAGUCUUGACUGCGUUUAGAGAAAUCUAUAAGUUUAAGUGACAAAAAACAAUGGUAAAAAACAGUGGUGGUCCAAUUAUCAGAAUGUCUUCGGCACCAAGUCAUGGUGCUGGUGGAAUUGCAUGUUGUUGGUGUCGUUGUUGCACUUGCAUUCACAUAGAAUUUCUAAAAACUCUCCCUGGUGCUGUUAAACUUGCCGAAACGUUAAUUAGUGGAAUGAUACAAAGUUUACUAAUCAAUUAUGGCCUUCGAUACAGUUCAACAAUAGGAUCAGCUUAUGAAAGUUCAUUGACAACAGCAUCAGGAUGUUUUUUUACAUCUGCUCUUCUGUUGGCUUGUUAUAUUGUUUCUGAAAAAACAUAUCGACUAAUUCGAUCAUCACUUUUUGAAAUGCUGUUUAAUGCUAUUGCUAGUUUUCUUUAUCUCAGCUCAGCAAGUUAUCUUUUUUUUUCGACAAAAUUUUUUCUUGGUCCGCAAUAUUAUAUAACUCCAGGAUUUGAGGUUUAUCCAGCAAUGAUAGCAGCAUAUAUGCUGAGUGGUGUUGUUGGAGUUAUUCAUGGAAUCGAUGCGUAUUUUUCAUUACAACAAUUUCGCGGUAGAUGAUAACAAGUGUUUAAUUAUAAAAAAAAAUCCAAUAGACUUAUUUUAACAAUUAAUUUUUAUACGUAAUUUUUAUAUAAAUUUAAAUUGUACAGCUAUUAUUUCAUUUACAUUUUUAAAAUGAUAAAAUAAAUUUCGUUUCGUUUAAAGAAUAUUUAACAUCAGACAAUUAUCACAUUUUUUUUU